AUGAGGGAGGCGGGGAGUUCCGCAGACGAGCAACAAAUUCGAGCGAUGGUGGGGUACGUGCGGAUUCAACGGCUUGGGUUCCUUUUACCGACAGCCAGGAUGGAUGACGAGGCCUAUUCAUUUUCGGUACCUGGAGUUGGAAAACUCGUCACGGCGAUCAAGAAGACGCGGACUCAAAUUCUGAGCACACUGAAGCGCACGAAGUACAAGGAGACCCACGAACAACAGCUAAAGAAAGCGAAGCUGAAGCAUUCGUGCUUCCAACUGAAGUUUCAUCUCGCGGACAUGGAGGGCUGCGGCCUGAUCCGACGCACGAAAGUCACAUCGGGUGUUUUGGUCGCAGUAGCCGACAAGUAG